UUAUAUAUCCGUCAGUCAAUAUGUGGACGAUUCUAUUGGUAACAACGCUGAUGAUGUUAAUUUAUUACUACACCAUAAAACCUUUGUAUUUCUGGAAAAAUAGAGGUGUGAAACAGGAACCGAUGCUAACUGCAUACUUCUACAACUUAUUCUCGAUUUUUCAACGCAAAAGUCCAGCCCAUGUGAUAGAGAAUUGGUACAACUCAUAUCCAGAUUUGAGAUAUAUCGGACUUUACCAAUUCAACGUUCCCGUUUUGAUGGUGAAAGACACUGAGCUGGUCAAACUUAUGACGAUCAAAGAUUUCGAUCACUUCACUGACCACAGGACGUUCGUACCAGCCGACUUAGAUCCUUUGUGGGGCAAAAAUUUAUUCGCUCUAACAGGGACGGAAUGGAGACAAAUGAGGCCAACUUUGAGUCCUUCGUUCACGAGCAGCAAAAUGAAGGGCAUGUUCUUCCUGAUGAAGGACUGCGCCGAAACUUUCGUCCGUCAUUUUCUCGACAAAAACGAGGACGUCGUCACGGUCGAAAUCAAGGACGUCAUGACGAGAUAUUGUAAUGACGUCAUAGCGACGACGUCAUUCGGUAUCGAGGUCAACUCUUUGGACCAGCCGGAUAACGAAUUUUAUAGAAUGGGAAAAAAAGCUACCGAUUUGAGGUCAUUUUCGAAACAAAUGAGGUUCAUAGGGUAUAUUCUGAGCCCAACCAUAUACAGGUUUUUGGGGCUGAAACUAUUCGAAGAUGAUGUAGGGACUUUCUUCAGGUCUUUGGUAGAUGACACUAUCAAGAUACGAGAGGAAAAAGGUAUUGUUAGGCAUGACAUGAUACAUCUGUUGAUGGAAGCCAGGAAAGGUAUCCAAGAAAAUGAUGAGAAAGGCAUUGCUGAUACUGGUUUUGCCACAGUAGAAGAAGCCAAUCUGGGAAAGAUUUCUAGAGAAUUGACCAACGAAGAUAUAACAGCACAGGCUCUGGUAUUUUUUUUCGCUGGGUUCGAUUCUGUUUCUAAUAUGAUGUGUUUCUUGGCAUAUGAACUGGUAGCAAAUCCAGAGAUACAAGACAAGCUGAGAGAAGAGAUUUCAGAAACACUGGAAAUAUGCAAAGGCAAACUGACGUACGAAGCUUUGGUAAAUAUGAAGUACAUGGACAUGGUUGUCUCAGAAGUUCUACGUAAAUGGCCCAUCAACAUGGCAACAGACAGAGUAUGCACCAAGCCCUACACCAUAGAACCAGUGUUGCCAGACGAGCGACCGGUCCAUUUAGAAAAAGGAACCUACGUUUUCUUCCCCCAAUACGGUAUCCAACACGAUCCAGAACUAUAUCCAGACCCGGAACGUUUCGACCCUGAAAGAUUCAACGACGAAAACAAAGCCAAAAUCAAGCCCUGUUCCUAUCUGCCCUUUGGUUUGGGACCGAGGAACUGUAUAGGGUCGAGAUUCGCCCUUUUGGAAGUCAAGAUUCUGUUUUUUUAUAUUUUGGCAAAUUUUGAUAUAGUGCCAGUUGAGAAGUCGACUAUUCCGAUAGUUCUCGCCAAGAGUAUGUUCUAUUUGGGUUCUGAGGGGGGAUUUUGGUUCGGCUUGAAACGUCGGCAAAAGUGAAAUGUUUUUGUUGCAAAAGAACUUUAUUGAGGUUCAAACUUCGUUUCAGUUUACAUUAUAGCGAGCAUUAUAGUGUUUCAAAAAUC